AUGCCAUAUUUCUUCAUAGGAAUUGAUAGUCAAGGGGAAAUCGGAUGGAAAAGCGGGACGGCGAGCAAGAAAAUCAACGAUUUCUUCAUUGGCACGAGCAACACCAAGAAGGGCGAUAGUGGAGGGCUCCUAGUCAACGAAAAAGGAUUCCUCAUCGGAAUGAACACGGACAAAGUGAAGUUCGUACGACAAAGAAUCCACAGAAACGGCGAACCAGAAACUGAGGAUGAAUUUUACGGCCGUUUGACAGAACACACCAGCUCGAGCAAGUUUAUUUCCCAGGAGAACUUGAAAUACGCCGUAAGUUUUUUUGCCCACUGCAUAUUUCAAAGAUGUGAUGAUGCUUGUGACAAUCUUUCGUGA